GCAAGAAUCAAAUCCAUUCGUUGCCAUCAAGCAUUGGACUGCGGCUCUGUUUGUGUGGCAACGGUCGUCGCCUGGCGCGGCCACUUGUUUUCCAUUCUGCCACACAGGACUCGCAGCCAUGCUUCGGUCCCUCUAUCUGCGGGCAAAGCGGCCCCUCCAGCAGCAGCUGAGAAAGAUGAAUGAGACUGCAUUGGAACGCACAGAACAAUCCCUGAAGCAGCAAGAAGAUGGUGGGAAAUUAUUGCAACAGGACUUUUUGAGCAACAUCUAUGGCCCCGGUUUUCACCUGAGGCGGGCGCAAAUCCACUCGAGCCUUCAGGUCGAGGAAUCGUUGGAAAGAAGGAAGGAUAGCUUGCAAACAGCACUUCUGGUCUCCUCAUCAUUUCCAACCCAGGAGACUCCCGAUGAACUGAACCCCUUGACCACGGAGAAUUUCCAGACCGGAGGCAAUUUUCCAGCCACUUGCAGCUUUUCAGCCGAAGGCCAAAUUGGUGACUACGGCUGCAGUUUGGAGGUGGACACCAAUGGCAACGCGAGCUUUGAGAUGUCAGAGACAGGAGCCGCCAAGCAAUUUGCAGAGACUCAGACAUCAGAGAAGCUUCAAUCUGAGUACAACAUGAAGAUCGGCGGGAUUGUCAACCCAGAUGGAGGUCUGUCUUUCUUCACAGUAGAUGCUAUUUAUGCAGGCAUCGGCGUCCAUGUGCCCGAGAACGAUGUAGUCGAUGCUGGGGCGCAUGUUGACUUCAAGAUCGGCACUCAAAAUGAUUUCGUUCAAGAUCGAUCUGAGCACACCUUCAACAGAGAUGGCAACAUGAUAGUGGAGAGCCAUUCAGAAUUCCACAUUGUGGACAAGUCCACGGAAUUGUUUGGUCUAAAGGACAUCACCAUUACCUCCAAGGACAUUGAAUAUGAAUUAUCCGCAUGUGGCUUGGGCUUCUUGACCCCUUUCGCCAAGUUGGCGGUCGAAUUUUACAAAUCCGGAGGGGAUCUUGAUGUGUCAAAGGCAGGUUGGAUCCUGGCAACUGCUGCUUCGGCUUCUCUGUUCAUCAUGGCUUUCACCAGACUCUUGGGCCCUCAAGCGGCCAUGGUGCUGGUGAUCAUUGCAGGCAUGGCCGUUGUGAGCCUUGUCGCCAGCCCUGAGGUCUUAGAGAAGCUGCUGUUGUUCCUCCCAGAUCUGGAUGACCAAGAUGCAGCCUUGACAGCAUGGGUCCUGCUUCAGCAGGCAGAACAUUUGGAGCUGCGGAAGCAUUUGGAGGUCCUGGAGUCAGCUUGCGAAGCGAUGAGCGACGAGCUCCGGGGGCAGUUGUCGCCCGAGUUCCUCCACUUCCUCGACAAAGUGAGGGGAAGGCCCUUUGAGCCAGAAGGCCCACCACAGAAAUCCCAGGGCGCUGUCGGUCGAUUCAACUGGCCGGAAGUACGCCCACCUCAGCCUCCAGAAGUGCCAAAUCGCGAUCCUGCGACCUGCAUUCUCUCCAAGUUGAUUCACCCUGAGGCCAGAGAGGAUGUCGUUGAGACCGAACCGGUGGUGCGGGAGAGGCUUUGGCAGUGGGCGAGGCCACAAGUAGAAGGUGAAGGGCCUUGUGCUCGCGGCGGCCACACCGCCACGUUGGUGGGUCCCACGGAUCCUCAAAAGCCUUCAGCGCGUAUCGUCAUUUUCGGCGGGCACUAUGAUGGUGGCUCCGGGGCUGGAUUCGUCUACCUCAACGACACCCACAUCUUAGACAUCGACGAAAACAACUGGACCGUUCCGCGCUGUCGGGGCACCGCCCCAGAGCCCCGUUACGGCCAUGCAGCUGCGCUAGUGGGUGGUCGCGUGGUCUACUUCGGCGGCAGAGGGAAGACCGGCUGCUUUCGCGACUUGCAUGCCCUUGACACCAGCAGCCACACCUGGUUCCAGGGACCCAGCUCUGGGGGCGCACCUUCGGCACGACACGGGCACACUGCGAACCUGCACGGCACCCGGCUCUACGUCUUUGGCGGCACCUGUAGUGGAAAGUAUUUUGGAGACCUUCAUUGUUUAGACUUAGCAUCAAUGGCUUGGUCGUGUCCUCCAGCCACAGGACCCAAACCAAGCCCUCGUUGCGGCCACACUGCCUUGCUCAUCGGAGAGUCCCUGCUGGUCCAUGGUGGCUUCUGCAUGGAGACACCCGACAUUGCUACCAAGGACAACAGUGGGGAUCUGCUGAAGAAUUCAUACUGCAACGACGUUCGUGUGCUAGAUCUCGGUCGAAUGCUUUGGUCCCGGUUGCGGACGCACGGGACCCCGCCCACGGGCCGCUUCUCCCACAGCUUGUCGCUCUCGGAGGAUGAUGCGAUUGUCUUUGGAGGUUGGAGUGGCACUAGCAGCCAGGCCGCCAGCGUCACCUUUGCCCUAAGGGAGAAGGUGGUUGAUGAAGAAGAAAAGGAGAAGCCUGCAGAGGAGACAUGUGAAUUUUGCAUGACUCUGCGCACCUCCGACAUGCAAUGGGUGCAAAACAAAUACAUUGGCAACCCGCCAUCCAAGCGCUAUGGGCACACAGCCACUGCUAUUGGUCCUCAUGUCAUCAUCUUUGGUGGCUGGGACGGUGGCAAGCCCUUGAAUGAUGUCAUCGUCCUGCGCGAUCGUUCUGUGGCAGACCGUGCCAAGCAGGAGGAGAUGUACUUCGAUGGUGAAGCUGGAGGUGAAGAGGAGGAUUUCCAGCUGGAGACUGGCGAGUAG